AAAAAAAUUCGCUUCGUCGUUUUCGAAAUUUUAAAAAAAUAUGCCAUUUAUCAUACCUUUCGGUCGAUCUUUUUUCAAAAAAAUUGAAUGGGCAAUAAAAUUUGCUUGUUUUGUCCAUCUUAUAGGAGAACAUGUAACGGAAGUUACAAUGUGUAUAGGGCCUUCAAUGCUUCCAACUUUCAACAUGAUUGGAGAUAUUGUAGUCUUGGAACACUUCAGCCCCAAAUUAAAACGCCUUGAAAUAGGAGAUGUAGUAGUUUGCAUAUCUCCUACAAAUCCUUGGAGAGCCGUUUGUAAAAGGAUAUUAGGAAUGCCGGGAGAUCGUAUUUGCAUUGAUCCAACAGUUAUAAAUCGGAAAUAUAUCAUAGUUCCCCGUGGCCACGUUUGGUUACAAGGCGACAAUAUGAGUAAUUCAACAGAUUCUAGAAGUUAUGGUCCGGUGCCUUAUGCUUUGAUUAGAGGGAGAGUAUUUGCGAGAAUUUGGCCUCAGACAUGUUGGAUAAAGAAUGGAAUGAUUCCUCUCCAAGAUGAAUAAAGAAAAUUCAAAAUUUCAUAAUUGUAAAUUUACGUCUAGUGACAGUAUAAUUUACAUUCAAUUUAUAGGAAUUUGAAAAAAAAUUCCUAUUUAUCUU